AUGCACGUCCUUAUCGUCGGUGCAGGCCUUGGCGGGCUCAGUCUAGCCCAGAACCUCCGCAAAAGAGGCAUUUCCUUCGAGAUUUUCGAACGCGAAUCUGAAGCAAAUGCUCGUUGGCAGGGAUGGGCUAUCACACUUCAUUCGUACCAUACGACGCCCCACAUGCACGACUAG